AUGUAUGGCGUCGACGGGUCCCACCUUCGCCUCCAGCAGCCGGCGGUCGCCGAUAGCCCUCAGAACCUCCGCCCCGUCCACAACCGCCUCUUCCCGAUGCCCACCGCCGCCGAGGCCAACCUCUACACGUGCUUUCAGGCUCGAUCCCUGCUGGCUGAUCCCGACAAGCCCAAGGAGCCACAGGAUUUAGUAGAAAUUGCUUUACAAUGGAUACUUCAAACCGCUAAAAAAAAUCCAAGAAACAUUACCAUCGAUGGUCUUCAAAAUGUAUGCAAGUUUCUAGAACAGUGGAUACAUUCAAACCUGCAGUGGCAACUUCGAGGAUGCAUGUAUCAAUGUAGUGCACGCAUUGCGCGUAUUUUGCAGCACAUAGCGAAGUGCGACAAAAAUGACUGUCGUUGCAUUACAGUGAAGAAAUGGAUGGGUCAUUUCGCAUCAUGUUGCAGAAAUUGCUUUGUUUGUGGUCCAAUUUAUGAGGCAGUUUUCAAGCCAAUUUUUUGUAAAAGGAAAUCGCCAGUUCUUUUUGAUACUGAGACUGAUGUUAUGCGUCCUACUAAAUUUCCAAGAGUUGAUGAUGGUGGACAAUUAGUAGAUGUGGUUAGAAGAUAUGUACAUCAAUUUCAGGAUACUAAUGAACAAUCAACAGUUAAUAAUAACCAGCGACGAGGAAAUUUGUAUUCCGGUACUGAAGUUCCAUUGGAUCCUCAGAUGUCACGUUUUGCUCCCUUUUCAAGCCAACUCACUUCGGAGCAGGUUACAGAAAUGAACUGGAUGCAGACUCAGGGUAUUAAUCAGAUGGAAGUAUAUAGAGUUGAUGCAGUAGAUGGCUCAAAUCCUUUUUAUAAUAGCCAUGAUACCGAUAAUUACAGCCAACAUGACCAUGUUCAGUUAUGA